CCAGGUUCUUCCACGACUUCGCGCCGUUCUCUGUUGGACUCGUAAAACUCGUAUCCAGUAUCUACAGUGGUUCUGGCUGGUUAUGAUAUCUUUCUAUCGAAACUCUUAGUCGCGAGCGCCUGCCCGGCGUGUGCUCCCGACUCCCAACACUAUGUUUCCUAAACCUUCUGUCUUGAGGCCCACACGUACUUUUCUAACAAAGAUGUGCACUCUCUAUGGCCCGCGCCGGUACACACUGAUUAGUUCAUGGCCAACUCCCCAACUCGGGAGUUGCAUAGCUUUCUGUGCUGCAGAUAGGCGCCCCGUCAUUGGCCAUCUCGAGCUCGGCUCUGUUAUGGAUCCGCGGACAGGUCCUACAAGAGAAUAAUUCAAGACACAAGGGUAUAAAGGACUCUCUCUCAUAUACAUGAUGUAUGACGACAAGCCAGAAGAAUACUCAAAUAACAAGAAAAGUCAGCUUAAAUACUACGCUGAUUCACUACCCUCCUACGACGAGGUUUCAUCCUCUGCCACUUCUGCCAGUGCCUAUCGAGGGACCUCUCGCGGAAUGAACGGGCGUUACUACGAUGAAAGUACCUCGUUUAACACUACCGCAUAUCCCCAACACCCUCAAUCCCAGUCCUAUGGCUUUCCAAAUCCCUACGGCCAUCCUAACCUGGGCCCAUCCUCCUCUCGUCGCUACGCCACCCCGAACUUUCCACGCCAACCCGCCUCUUACUUUCCCCCAGAAAGCAUUUCGCCAUCCGUCAACAUCACUAGCGCCACUUCUUACCCAGGCUUUACCUACACCGGCAGGGCCCCGCCUAGACGCGACCCAUUUAACCCUCCUCCACCCUCCUUUUCUCGCGCUCCCCCUCCCACAUCUCGCGGCAUACCGUACACCGCCCUUCCUACGCAGAUCCAAAUUCCCUCCGCCAAACCUUCCGACCUCACCUCGGGAUUCCUCCCCAUCUUCCCCUCGCCGCAUCUCCUCCUCGCACAUGACGUUCAGCCUGCCGAUAUUUCUCGCCUCUUGGAGGACUGCCACCUGAUAG